CACAGGAAACUAGAGCUGUCUUUGUCAUUUACCGUGGCUGCCUGUGAAGAACUCUCGCAAAUUAUAACAGCAGACCAUUAAAGCAAAUCCCUAAAGAUUUGGGAUAUAAUAUGCAGAAUGACCUUUAGUAUUGUGGUAUGAAUUAUAAGGUCAGUGACAGUUGCCUGUAAUGAGUGAUAACGAGUUCUAUAAACACCUCUGACAGACUUAUGCCUGCCACAAAGCUUUUAACAUUGAAGUUCUGGUUCGAAGCAGAUCACUAACAGCAGAUGAAGUGAAGGUUGAUUCUGGGACACACGCUCUUCUCUAUGCUGUUCCCAAAGGAAAGAGGAAUGAGCAAAAUAUAUCUGCAUUCCUAAAAUAGCACAAGGCACUGUGAGCUGGUUGGACUGUAUAAAACAUGAAAAGUAUCUUACAGAUAUUCAAUUCAGAUUUUAUUUUAUUCACUGUCUUUCCACAAGUCUUUCACAGUAUGUGCUUCUGGUCAAAGGCUUAGACCAAAGCUGCAGCUGCUACUAAGCUACUCUACGAUUAUGGUAUGGAAUGUGGGGAUAAAUACAAACCUGGGUGCAUGGGAGAAUGAUAGACUGCAUCAGUAACAUCAUGUUUUACACAAUGUCAUCAUGCUGCCAACAGUUUCUGGGUCUCACCCUGAUGGUUUUAAUUACAAGAUCAACAGUCAGCUGCCCAGCUCGAUGUGAAUGCGUGUCUCAAAUUAAAUCAGUGGUGUGCCACAGAAAGCGACUGACAGCUAUUCCCGAAGGCAUUCCCAUAGAAACGAAAAUACUUGACCUGAGCAAAAAUAGACUGAGGUGCAUCAGCUCGGGGGAUUUGGCAGCUUUUCCACUCUUGGAAGAGAUUGAUCUGAGCGAGAAUGUCAUUACAAACGUCGAACCCGGAGCUUUCAACAACUUGUUCAACCUGAGAACCCUGCAGCUUCGCGGCAACCAACUGAAACUGAUCCCAACCGGGGUCUUCAGCCGACUGAGCAAUUUAACCCGCCUGGAUCUCAGUGAGAACAAACUGGUGAUUCUCCUGGAUUACAUGUUCCAGGAUUUGAGGAAUUUGAAACACCUGGAAGUUGGCGACAAUGAUCUUGUCUACAUCUCCCAGCGGGCUUUUAGUGGCCUGUUGAGCCUGGAGCAGCUCAGCAUCGAGAAAUGUAACCUGACCUCGAUUUCUGCAGAAUCCCUGUCCUACCUCCAGAGCCUGAUCACACUGAGGCUGCGCCACCUCAGCAUCAGCUUCCUGGAAGAGCAGAACUUUCGGAAAUUGUACAACCUGAAGGAACUGGAGAUUGACAACUGGCCACUUCUUGACACCAUUACUCCCACAACCCUGUACGGCCUGAACCUCACGUAUCUCUCCAUCACUAGCACAAACCUUUCUAUUGUCCCCUCUGGGGCCUUCAGGAAUCUGAUCUAUCUCAAAUUGCUGAACCUGUCCUACAAUCCUAUCAGCAUCAUUGAAUCGGGCUCUUUUCGUGAUUUAAUCCGCCUCCAGCAUUUGUACAUGGUCAGCACCAUGCUUGCUACCAUCGAGCCGCACGCUUUCCUCGGCCUGAGGCAAUUAAAAGUGCUGAACGUUUCCAACAACUUCCUGGUGACCCUGGAAGAGAAUGUUUUCCAGUCUGUGGCUAGCCUGGCAGUGCUGCGUUUGGAUAGCAACCCUCUGUCCUGUGACUGCCGCCUCUUGUGGCUUCUGCACAGGAGAAAGGCUCUGAGUUUUGACGGCAACCAGCCGGUCUGUGCCUCGCCAGCAGAUAUUCAGGGCAGCGAGCUGAAAGACUUCGAGGACUCUGCCGUCCAUAGCUAUUUUACAUGCCAAAAGCCCAAAAUCCGGGACAGGAAACCCCAGCGAGUCACCGCUGGCGAAGGACAGACUGUCUAUUUCACUUGUAGGGCCGAUGGGGAACCGGCUCCUGUUAUCAUGUGGGUCUCCCCCCAGAGGAGGAUGAUCACCAGCAAAAGUAACGGCAGGAUAACUAUCCUGCCCGGAGGUACCCUGGAGAUCCGCUUUGUCCAAGCCCAUGAUAGUGGCACUCACAUCUGCAUCGCCAGUAACGCCGGAGGUAAUGACACUUCCUUCGCUGUGCUGACUGUAAAGGGACGGCCCGCAGACGGCGCCCUGUAUGCGAACAGGACAGCAUACCUCACAGAAUUCAACGAGACUGCAUUCAACGACACGCAGGUAUUCCUGAAGUUCACGCUUGACGUGAAAACCAUCCUGGUCUCCACAGCCAUGGGGUGCAUCACCUUUUUAGGGGUGGUGCUGUUCUGUUUCCUGCUCCUGUUUGUGUGGAGCCGAGGAAGGGGCCACCAUAAAAACAAUUUCUCCGUUGAGUACUCAUUCCGCAAGGUUGAUGGCCCAGCAGUCAGUGGCGGACAAGGAGGAGCGAGGAAGUUCAACAUGAAGAUGAUUUGAGUCACCGACCUCAAUGUUGUAUGGACCCCUUAUGUAAACUGUGAUGACAAUUUUUCAUGGUCAAUACUGACUAAUCGUUUAAAUCCCACACACCUGCUUAUCAUGUUAUAAUAAUAAGCAUAACUAAUACGGUAUGAAUUAAUCUUCACUGAUGACUCAACGAAGAGUUGAGAGUUGCAUGCUGUAAAUCCUCCCCCAGUUCUUUGACUGGUAUGGCUCAUUGUAAUGCAUCAUUACCUUAUUAACUCGCUUAAAGUUUAUUAUCGGAUAGAAAUUGGUUCAUAUCCGAGUUCAGGUGUGAACACAGUGGAAGCCAGGACCACCACACAGAGACUAAUGCAAAGGAGCACCAAAAUAAUCUUUUCCUGACCCCCUGGCUUCACCUUCAGGUAAUUACCUGCCCUUUUUUAAAAAAAAGUCAGUGCUAGGGAAUCUUGCAGCAUCUGUAUAGAGAAAAAGAAUUGUUCACUGACUCAAAUAUGGAAAAAAAAGGUCCAAAGGACAUGUUUAGAAGUGAAAAGGGUGAGAAAAGUAGUGGGUUUAACACUGUAAGGGAAAGAAAGAGAAGAGCAAAUGGAAUAGACAGCAAUUGUACCCGGAAAUAAAAAGCUAAGGGAGUUUUAGUGGCAUAAGGGAAAAGUAAUAGAUGGAUAGUGGCUAUGAAUGGUAGAUUUUAAUGGGUUUAUAACUCACUCGGAGAUAAUAAGAAUGUUAAUGGGUGCUAUGAGCUGAGCUGACACAUUUUCUGCUAUUAACACCAAACCUUCACACCUGUUCUGCAUUGAAAUAUUUUCCCUACUUCCAUGAGCACUCCUUUUAGCUUGUGUUUGAGGGCACAUUUACCAUUUGUUCCACUUCCUUUUUCUCCCUUUACUCUCUGCAUAAAACCCACUAUUUCUGCCCAUUUCAAUUCCAAAAAAAAGCCACAUUGUACUUAAAGGUUAACUCUCUACAUAUGCUGCAAGACUUGCUCAGUUUCUCCAGCAUUCUCUGUUUUCAUUUUGGAUGUACGGCAUCUGCAGUGUUUUCCUUUUAAAUGACCUGCACAUUCUGGAUACUGUCUCCAGCAGUCCUUUUGACCACUGGCUCGGCUGCUCCAAUGCACUUGACAUGCAUCUAAAGCAUGCCCACUGCAGUCCAGCCUGCCCUGAUUUAGCAAAGGGAUUGAAAACUUGUGUUAGACCUCUUUAGUUAAAUGAGCAGUGGUCCCUUGCCAACGUACCAAAUGUCACCAACAUCCAGUGUGACUGGCAAUAAAAUGGGUUGGUCCUGGAUCUCUUGUGAGUGCAUAGAACAGGCACAAUAAAAUCCAGACAAAAGUUUUUUUUUGCAUUACAUUCCAAACAGGUGGCUCACCAAUGGCGUUGACAAAUUAGAAGAUUUUUCCUCAUGCUGCAUAACACAAUUGUCCAGCCACAUCUUUACUAAUUGUGACCCCGUCAGCAGUCAGCUAAACAUGGUCUUCUAGUAUACUGUGUUCAAUUCAAUAAUACACAAUAAUCUAGUGAAGUUUUGUCAAGCAACUAUUUAACCUUUGUAAUAACUGAACUCGGCCAAUUGGUUAUAUAUGACUAUGAAAAUUUUAAUUGUUUUCUGUGAGAAGUGAAAUAUUUUGAUCAUUCUUUAUUAUGGAGAACAUUAUUUCAGAACACAUCUCAGAAACUUCUAGGGAUUAUAUUAUUAAAUCAUUCCACAUACAGUACUAUAUAAUCGAAUACUGCCUGCAGUGAAAUCUGAAUUUGCAACUCUUAGGCAGUUCAAUGGACAAUUGCUCAGGUUUGCCCGUAUUAUUAUUAUUUUCCUGUAAUCAGAAACCGAGUUGGCUGUAAAUUAUUCCUUCAUACAAGUUCAUUGAAGCAGCUUUUGUAUUUUAGUUUAAAAAUAAACCGCUUUAUGAACAUUUUGUUUUAUAUAUCCUGUAUAUGUAAUAGCACAUGUUCAAUGAACUUCAUCUUUUACAUCGUAAUCAUUUUUGCUUACAAGUAAAAUGAAAAAGAAAAGCCUGUGGCAAUUGUUGCAAUUUGUUUUGCUGAUUUUUUUUUAAUGGUGCUUUGUAAAGGGAUGUCCAUGCAAAGUAUUAUGAUGCCAUUAGUAGUGACCUGUUAAAUGUUCCUGUAGCUUUCCACAUUAAUUCACUUGAGCUUUUUAAAAAAAAGUCCCAAUUCAUCAAAAAAUGCUGCAUAAUUACGAGUAUUACUAUGUCUUUUUAUAAUAAUCUUAAAAAGCAACUUUCAUUGACAGCAUGAUAUGCUUUAAUUAGCAAAUAAAUUUAAAAUUCUACAGUGUUGUCUUUUGGCACUGUUAUAAUUUACUAUAGGAAAUCAGAUAUUUCCAGCAAAUUAACUCAUUUGAGAUAAACUGUGUGAAUAUAUAAAAGUGGAGCAUUUGCACAGUUGAAAAACAUUUUUGAUGAAGCUGAGUUUAUGGAAGUGUAAAUAUUGAAAGAUGUGGGAUUUUGAGUACUUAUCUAAAAAGCAUACGAUGCUUCAUCAACCCCACAAUUAUAAUGGUGUGCUGUAGCCAGAUAAUGGAAAAGAUAAAUAAUAACAAUUAGAUAAGAGGGUAGAACAGUCUUGUUCAAAAAUUAACUAUGAAAUCUGAGCAUAAAGAAUCAGAAGAACAAUUAUAUUUUUCCAUGCUGAUAUUAGAUAGAAAUGUUAAGAUGAGCUGGCACGUGUGGGAUGUACAUUUUAAAACAGUUUGAUCAGUUUCAAAGUUACUUUUGGUUAACUCGAGAGAAGUAAAUCUGCAAUUUUCCAACAAAGUUAUAACGAUAUUCAAAAUUAAUGAAUUGGUUUUAUACAACAUGUAUGUGGCUUUGCCUAUUGUUUGUAGAGUCAUAGAGUCAUACAGUGCAGAAACAGACCUUUCAGUCCAACCAGUCCACUGCUGAACAUAAUCCCAAACUAAGUUAGUACAAUCUGGCUGCUCCUCACCCAUAUCCCUUCAAACCAUUCCUAUUUGUAUAUCCAUCCACUUGUCUUUGAAAUGUUGUAAUUGUACCCACAUCCACCACUUUAUCAGGAAACGUGUUCCACAUGCAAACGCCCUGUGUAAAAAAAAAAGGUUGCCUUCUAUGUCUUUUUUAAAUCCCUCUCACGUUUAAAAUGUGCUCCCUGGUCUUGAAAUUCCCCAUCUCAGGGAAAAGACAACAAGCAUCAACAUUCUAUCUAUACCUCUCAUUAUGUUAUAAACUUCAAUCGGAUCACCUCUCAGCUUGCUAUGUUCCAGUGAAAAAAUGUCCCAGGCUAUCCAGCGUCCCCUCAUAACGCAAUCCUUCCGUACCCAGCAAGGUCCUGGUAAACCUCUCCUGAACUUUCUCCAAGUCUUGAUAACAUUCUUUGUAUAACUGGGCAACCAGAGCUGAACACAGUAUGUUGGUAGAAGGUUCACCAAUAUCCUGUACAACCUCAACAUAACUUGCCAACUCCUAUGCUCAAAGGACUGAGCAAUGAAGGCAAGAAUGCCGAAUGCCCUUUUAACCAUUCUGUCUACAGAUGAUAGGGACUUCAAAGAAUUAUGUACUUGCACCCUGGGUCUCUCUAUUUUACAACACUACCCAAGGUUAAUUGUAUAAUCCCUACUUUUGUUUGUUGUUCCAAAAUACAAUACCUCACCUUUAUGCAGAUUGAACUCCUUCUGCCGUUUUUCAGCCCAUUGACCCAUUGAAAACCUUCACUGCCUACUGUGCCAUGAAUUUUGGUCUAAGCUUACUAGCUUACUAACUUCAGAAGCUUACUAACUAUGUCUGCUAUAUUCUCAUCCAUGUAAUUUAUAUAAAUGACAAACAGAAGAGGACCCAUAACCAAUCCCUGUGGAACACCACUGGUCACAGGCCUCCAAUCCGAAAAGCAACCCUCCACCAUUACUCUCUGUGUCCUGUCAUUAAGCCAAUUAACUAUCCAAUUGACAAGGUCACCUUGAAUCCCAUGUGACCUAGCUUUACUAAUGAGUCUACUAUGCGGAACCUUGUCGAAGGCUGUACUAAAAUCCAAAUAAACAGCAUCCACUGCUCUGCCAUCAUCGACAUUUUUGAUAACUUCUUCAAAACAGUCAAUCAAGUUUGUGAGACACGAUUUUCCUCACACAGAAACAUACUGACUAUCCUUCAUCAAUUUUUGCAUCUCUAAAUGUUCAUAAAUCCUAUCAUUUGCAAUCACCUCUGACAAUUUACCCACAAUCAAAGUCAGACUCACACGUUUAUAGUUCCACGGUUUCUCCUUACAUACUUUCUUAAACAAAGGUACAACAUAAACCACCCUCCAGUUAUCAAGCACCUCACCCAUAGUUAUAGGUGAAAGAAGAAUAUUUCUGCAAGGCGUCUCGCAAUUUCCUCCCUUACUUCCCGCAACAUUCUAGGAUACAUUGGUUCAGGUCCCAGAGAUUCAUCCACCUGUUUAUUCUCUCAGACCUCCUGACUUCCACUCCCAUAAUGUGAACUGUUUUUAAGACAUCAAAGUUUAUUUAUCUGCAUUCUCUAGACUCUAUUUCUUUCUCCACAGUAAAAACUGAUAUGAAAUAUUCAUUUAGUAUCUCUCCCAUCUUCUGGAGGUCAACACAAAGACAAUCUCCUUGAUCUUUAAGUGGCCCAACUCUCUCUCUAGUUAUCCUCUUGUUCUUAACGUAUUUGCAGAAUUUCUUUGUUGUAUGAAUAAGUACUCUAGCAAUGAGAGGAUAGCAUCACUCAAAUAGCAUUACUCAACAGCUAAUAGUGCUUCCAAAUCGAAUGGCAAUAGUUUGUUUAAUUUCAAAACCUGUCCAAUAUAUUUGCGCGUGUGUGUGAGUGUGUGUGUGUAUAAAAUGUAACAGGAAUGCAUUUUAUAAAAUAAAUUACUUAUCACAAAAAAUGA